CUUUUUGGUUUAUGUUUUUAAGAAAAUGUAUGGAAAAUUUUGGACUUUUUGUGAAAGUAGAAAGAGGGUUUACAUGAGAAGGAGUAUAAUUGAUAGUAAGUUUAAUUUAUACCUUGCAAGUAAAUAUUGAUAAUUGACGACAAAUAUUUUACCAGUAGCGCGAUAAGUUCAUUUCUAUAGCAGUUCUGGUUGUAAAGAAUUGUUUUAAUUAGAGAAAAAGACAGACAAAUUUCAUUAAGAUGUGCAAUGUGGAAAAUUUGGCUUUUGGGUGUCACUAGUUAGGAAAGUUGGGUGGAUAUCUAGUGUUUAUGAAGUACAAGUUGCAGAAUACGACUAGGGGUGUUUAAGAAAACUUUAAGGGAUGUAUGACUUGAUUUUUUUAACCCUGCCCAGAAGCUCUCGCACUUUUUUGCUCCGUUGGUGACUCAAACCCCAACCUUAGGGCUGGGGGUGGAGGGUGAUUACCAUGUGAGCAACCCGUCUUGUCGUAUGACCUGAUUUAGGUAGUUAUGCCAUGGUCUUUUUGGUGUGUAUUUGAAAAGAUAAAUCACAGCACCACACAAGUUAUAGAAGGGUUUUGAAACAGGACCAUUUUAUAAAAAAUUCUUCAUUUGGAAUGUCCAUUGAAGUCUUCUCUAGGAUGGCUUUGAGUGUGGAAUUCAUGUUUAAUGUAUUGAAUAACUGUGCCUACCUCAGUUGGAGAUUCAAGUGUUAAAAAGGAGAGAGAUCUAGUUAGAGUUCGUCUACAUUGAUUCUCUCCUUGUAGUAAACAAUAUUUCCUUAGCAGUUAAAGGCAUGUUUAGUCUAAGUUGUAAGAUUGCUGCAGUGUUUGCUGAGUUUUAAUACUAUACCCACUUGGCUUUGUUAACUCUCAAUUUUAUAGUUCCUUUCUUUAUCUCUUCUUUUUGAACAAUGCUCAAGUUCUUGUGCCAAUAAGGGAGUCCCCUGCCGAAGUAUUAGUUUUUUAUUGGAAUAUAAGGAGUGAAAGUGUAAAUGUACCAAACUUUAGCCUUAAUCUACAGAAACCUAAUAUAAGAAGAUAUCUGAUCCUGACAGCUAAGCAUUUACCUUAGCUGCCUUAAAUCCCUUCUUACAAUUGGUCCUUUUUAUAAUCCUCUGUUCACAUUUUACAAAAAAAUAAUCUUGGAGCAACACAUCACCAAUCUUUGGUAAAAAAUUGAUCUUUUCUUAAUUGAAAUCUAGGAUAUAUUAAACCUUGGAUCACAUUGCUCCUGAUUUGAUUUCUUGAGAAGUCCCCUCCGUCUUUGUGCCAAGUGCGAAUUGUAUUCUGUAUCCAAUUAUUAUACAAUUGAGCAACUCUUAAAAUCUUUUGGUUUCAAAUUGCAAGAACUGAAGUUGACACGGGUGGUACUAGCCUCCAGUCUGGCAAUUGUAUUUAUCUUACUCUAGUAGGCAAGCCACAUCUUAGCGUUUCAAGAAAGAUCUACGACAAAGUGAUUUGUCUUCUUUGCUUUGGCUACCAGUAAAAUGCUACCAGAACCUACCAAAUUCAUGAGUCUGCAAUCACUCGAAGUAGAGCUCUUCCCCACAAACAAUUUUCCCUCCAAGUUUUUCACAUUUCCUUCUGGAACUUCAUACGCAAUAAUGCUCCGUGUGUUUUUCUUCUUCUUUUUGAUUCAAAUCCUAAGAAGUUGCACCAUAAAUUCUGUUAUGUCCCCAGUUGUAUUUCCUGGCUCUUUGCCCUGACUUGGAUAGUCUCUUUUCAUCUGCAACUUGCAUUGUGAGCUUGUUGCCCACAAUGGCCUUGCUAAUGAUUCCCUUUUCGACAAACUGGACAGUAUUUUCAGAAGGUUCCUUGCCUUGUUGGAUCUCAAAAGGUGCUGGACUUGAUGAAAAUAAUCCUCCUAAUUACCAUUGUUUAAUCUGUCAUUAUACAUGAUGUAGAUGCAAUGCUCUCUGAAUUGUAGGAAAUUGUUUAACUGAACAAAGUUCUGCUUCAAAAAAAAAGAUUUGCUGGUUGUUCUGGAUUCAUAGGAUGGGUUUAGAUGUUUUAAUUCUUUAGGAAAAAAUAUUUUAUGAGAGGCAUUCAUUUUACAUAGAUAGGAAUGUGAAAAAUGAAGCAGAUUUGUUUUCCUACAGAAUCAUUGCUGUUGCGAGUUAGUCAUGCAACAAUGUGGUUUAGCUGGGAUAUAUAUAUUUAUGUAACCUGUGGUGCAAUUUGCUUUCAAGUCAAUACUGCCUAGCUCAAUUCAUUUGAGUAAAUUUUUUCUGGAUAAUCAUAUUUGAAUACUAUGGACUUGAGCAGAUUCCUCAUAUAUGGUCUUGUUUUUUCAAGUUUUAGUGCCCAAGCGCUAGUGGUUGGUUCCACAAAUAGAUUUUCUUCACAACCAGUUUGGCCAAACAAGCUCAAGCUCUGAAAUUAGUUUCUGUUAUCCUUAGAAACACUAAUUUUCUUUCAUAAGUGGGGUAAAAAUAACACUUUUAGCUUUUCAAAACACACACAAUAUAUCAUUUUAGUGAAUAUUUGAAUUAUCACGCUUUUAUAUGUUAAAACUAUUAUCAGUUACUUGUCAAAAUACACUUCUGUAACUUGUAAGUACAUAAUGUAUAACUGGAGAGUGCACAAGAUGAAGUGGAUGAAAUAUUUUUUUGGUAAAACUACGGAGUUGACUUUUGUUUCUUCAAAAAUUCAAAUGAAUUACAACUAAUAUUUAUCAUCAAUUCAACAUUUUUUGCAAGUUUAAUGAUAAAAUGAUUGGGACACCUUUUGAAAUCAAAAACUACGCAUACAUAAAAAUAAAUAAAAUGAAACUGUCGUAUUAUGAUUUAUUUUAGGAACUUAGGAUAAAAGAUCUUUACAAAUUAAUGAAAGCUCCAGCUGUUGCAUCCUCUUCUUUGACGUCAAAACCCACUGGUGAUACUGUAGCAACUGAUUCCUCUGAAGCUCUUAAGAGGCAAAGAAUUCUCAAAAUUGCGAUGAACAAAGCUCUGUGUUGGCAGAACCUUCCUUGGUGCAUCCUCUUGCUGCAGAAACUUUGGUUCCAUCAGUUGGUUCAAGUCUAGAUGCAAGUAUGGUAAUAACUGAUAACAAUGAAAAUUGGAAAUCUUGCUUUGAGAAAUCUGAGGGAGAGAAUGCAGACAUAUAUAUAGGUUUGGAUUCAUUUGAUGAUUUACUUCCUCACUCAAGCGGCAUAGAUCCAUCUGCUGCUCAUGCUGCUGGUGCAGAGAAGCAACAAGAACAGCUUUUAAUUCCAGUUUCUUCAGUUGAUGGUUCAGCUCAUAGUGCUUCCAAUCUUCAAUCUGAUGAAGUUGCAGCAGGCCAAGAUCCAUUAACAUUCCAAGCAAGUGUUCUUUCUGUUAGUGGAAGUUGUCAGAUGGUCAAAUUCAUGAAAUGGACACCUACUCUUCCUUGGAAGCUGAUAUCCUUGGGGUCACUACUAUAUCUGAGUAGAAGAUUCCAACCCAAGCCCAAGUUACAAGUAUACAGAGAGAGAUAUGAUACAAUCAUUCCUGAUUUAGAUGUAGGAGAGUCUGUGUCAUGUCUGCCAGAUUCACACUCCGUUCAUUCUGAAAUGGAUUUUGUGGAUAAUGGGAAGGAACAUGGAUUACCUGCUGCUGAUGUCCUUGACUUCUCAGUCAGAGGAUUUGAUAAUAAUAUUAUUACAGAAUCUGCACAUGAAUUUCCAGUUCAUGAAGAAUAUGUUGCAGAGGCUUCUCUUCCAGAUGCUGACAUCCCAGCAAAACACUCUGAGGCUACUUCUCAAAUGCCUGAGGAACCUGUACCUCAGAGGCCUAAGACUAAAAAACAAAAAUUCUCUGCAUCUGAACUUUCUGCAAUUAGUGAAGAGAACGGAGAGAGUAGAUCAUUAAGGAGUAGAAGAAAGUCCGUGAAUGCAUCUAGACUAGUAGAUGAGUUUGAUGAAGACGUAAUUGGUGAUGGGGAAUAUGUACCUGAACAUCCUAAUGAUUCUGUUACAAUUGGGAAUGAUGAGGAGUUUUUGGUGGAAAAUGACUCGCAAGGGAAAAAGGUACAGAAGAAGUCCAAGAAAACAGUUACUAAGGAAGGAAAACGAGUUAGGAAAAGUAAAAAGACUGCUGAAGCUUCUGAUCAGGCAGCCAACAAGAAGCCUAAAAAGUUUUCUCAUUCCACUCGUCAAAAGAGGAGAACAGUGGACAAGACUUUGCUUGAGGCUCCCAUGGAUGAGAUUGACUAUUCAAAGGUGCCUAUUAAGGAUCUAAUUUUAUUAGCUGAGCACAAAGAGCGGUUGGCGAAAAAAGACGCAGCAGUGUCACAAAUACCUACUACUACAGAUCAGAGUGCUCGUGCAUCUGUUUCUAAUUAUGAUGAGGAUGAGACCUAUGCUUCAGAUGAAGAUGGGGAAGCUGAUGAUCAUAGUAAAAGUACUAUGGCUGAAGAUACUUCUGCCUACUUCAAUUAUCAGACUUACAUGGACAAAACCCCCAGCACAAGGUGGUCAAAACAGGACACAGAACUUUUCUAUGAGGCUGUGCAGCAGUUUGGGACAGAUUUAUCCCUUAUACAACAACUUUUUCCUGGCCGGACACGUAGACAGCUAAAGCUAAAAUACAAGAAAGAAGAGCGGCAAAAUCCAUUUAGGCUUCAUGAUGCUCUAACAAAUCGUUCGAAAGAUCAUUCCCACUUCGAACGAGUAAUCGAGCGUUUAAAGCAAAUUGAAGCUGAGGAAUUGCAGUACGCUGAUAAAGACGAGUCAAUUGACUUGACUGGGGAGGAGGAAAUGGGGACUCAGGAGAUCUAUGAGGAAGAAGCAAAGUCUGAACAUGUUGAGGAAAAAGAAGUUGAAACAGUGGAGCAAGAUGUUCCGGAAAUGGAGAAUCCAGUUAAGGAGUAUGACGAUGAAGAUGAUUUCAUGAAAUGGAGUCAGUAUACGAGUGAAGUGUGAAUGUUAAUUUUCAGUUUAUCUGUAUUCUCCUGCCACAAGGAUCUUAUAUCUCUUUUGUUAUGUACCUUUUUGAACUCAUGCCAGUAAUAUGGUACUUGAGAGAAUCAUUUCAAAGGAAUGUAGCAAAAGGUAAGUGUUAGUUAUAUGUAUUGACAAUGUAAAGAAAAUUUGUUCUGAUACGUUAGCUUAGUGAAAAAUUCUUCGUACAAUUAAAAGUUGAAAUAUUGAACAGUA